UUACAACUUAUGACAAACCCUUUUCUUGAUCUCCAAGCAUUUUCCUAAUAUAAAUAUUCGUAUAGUUUUAUAUGUGCGUUUUAUUGUUUUCUUGCAAUGUUGUUCGCAUAGCGGAAAGAGUUAUGGCGUGGUCAAGCUGCAACGGUGAGAGUAUCUGUAAGGAGAUUCAUGAUUCUUGGGGACAGCCUGCUCAUUUGAUUCAACAUCUGGCUGGCCUGAGUCUACUCGAAUGCAGGAAAACUAGAGAGACGUAUGUGAAGAUUUAUGGGGAGGACCCUGCUCAGCUUCUGCUUCAGAGUUCGGAAUCCUCUAGCCAAGGAACCGGAGUUUCUCAGAGGACAUCUGCGGCUUUGUCAAUGUUGAUGCUCAAUCCGCAUGAACGUGACGCAAUUGUGGCUAGAGAGGCAUUUGAGCAGAAUGAUACGGUGAAUUACAAGGCUCUGAUUGAAAUAUUUACUUGCCGGAAAUCAAGUCAUGUUCUUCUCAUACAAGCAGCGUAUCAUGCAAAAUAUAAGAGGCAAUUAGAUCAAGACAUUAUCAGCAUCGAACCUUCCCAACCCUAUCAAAGGAUUUUGAUGGCAUUGUCUGCAUCACACAAAGCACACCAAGCUGAUGCCAGCCAACACAUUGCCAGGUGCGAUGCAAUGAGGCUUUACCAAGCAGGGGAGGGAAAGCCGGGGGCAGUUGAUGAAGCAGUUCUGCUAGAAAUUCUCAGUAAAAGGAGCAUUCUUCAACUGAGGCUGACAUUUUCCGCCUAUAAGCACAUCUUUGGUCAUACUUACACGGCUUCCCUCAAGAAUGAAAAAUCAGGAGAAUUCGAAGAUGCCCUGAGAGUGGUGGUGACAUGCAUAUGCAACCCGCCAAAAUAUUAUGCAGAGACAUUGUAUGCAUGCGUAAAAGGGACAGCAACAGAUAAAGGAGCUUUGGUCCGAGUUAUCAUGAGCAGAGCAGAGGUGGACAUGAAUGAAAUACAAAAGGUUUUCAAGAAGAAAUAUGGGGUAGAACUUAAAAUUGCUAUGAGUGAAAGUCUUCCAUCUGGGGAUUAUGGAGAGUUAGUUCUUGCCCUUGCAACAAAGACAUGUAAAGUACCUGAUGGCUCCGUCUAAAACAGUUCAUUUAUGUUGCCCGGCAGGCAUAGUAUUUCUAGUAGUGAUAUCAAGUCUUAACAAGCAGCACUGUUUGGGAUCUAAUUAAUCCAUUAGUUUUAGCUAAUACUAGUAUGUUGCAGUAACUUGGUUAACUUAUCUGUUUCGGGAGCUGAUAUUAGCAAUUUCACGAAGAGGAUGUUCGUUCAGAAUCUGUCUCAGCAGGAAUUAGUGCCCACGUUCUUGAGUUCUGAUAAAUUAUUAUUAUUGGCAGCCGUCUCAUUUUUCUUCUUC